AUGUCCACAACCGACGGCCCCAAGAAGUCCAAGCCGAGAACACGCACCUUUACGGCCUGUCUCACCUGCCGCUCCCGCAAGGUCAAGUGUGAUCUCGGCCGUCCGGCAUGCGCCAACUGUCAGCGCCUAAAGCUGACCUGCUCCGGCUAUGAUGCUGUCCUGAGAUGGAUGCCCGUGUGGGAUCCUCACGGAGGCACCAGCAGCAAGGAGGCAGCAGCGACGACGACGACGACGACCGAGUCUGGCGGUGGCGUGCAUCAGCCGCCUGUUGGUGAUCAAGGACGAAAGGCUCGCACUGAGCUGCUCUCAGCUCCCUCCUGCGACGACAUAUCCUGUCUGCUCGAUAACCUCGACGACCAGAUAGCCCGGCAGGAGGACGGGCAGCAGCCAUUCGAUCCAGAUUGCCAGAUGGAGGUCGGCCCCUUUACAGCAUUCUCCUCCUCCAAGACACCGCACAAUACUGCAACGUCGCCUGCCCGACCUGCCCAGACUGCAGCGCAUCACCCUGCAGCGCAGGUGUCGCCGCCGCCGCCGCCGCAGCAGCAGCAGCAGCAGCAGCCGAAUCCGGACAGCAAUGCAUAUCCCGAGCUCCUCCCCGCGGACCAGCAAGAACUGUACCCGACCGUCGCCGAUCUCGACUUUUCGAUUGUUGAUGAUGCCAGCGUCCAGGGAAGCGCUGGCAGUGUCCACGGUAGCGUCCACGGUAGCGUCCACGGUAGCGUCCACGGUAGUGUCCACGGCAGCAUCUCGGACAGCACCGGCAGCGUCCAGCCUGGCGUGGUGAUGCCCGCCCUGGACCACGCCGACCGUUCCCUCGACUACGCCGAGAACGUGUCCGGCAACAACAGCUGGGACCUCCCCAUAUACCCUACCACCGGAGAGCUGGUGCAGCAGAGGUGGAGCCGGGGCCUGCAGCAGGCCGCGCCCUACCAAGACGUGAUGCAAGGCAACCUGUACGCCUUCCCCUCGCCGACGUCGAGGCUGUCGGGUGGCUCGCCGUACCUGCCCCCGGACAUCCGAUUCCUCCUGAACCACUACGACAACUUCGUGAUCGACUCGCUCUCAUGCGUGCCCAUCCCGCGCGAAAAGGCGCCGUGGCGCAAUCUCCAUCUGCCGUCGGCCCUGAAGGCGUACGCGGAGCUGGACAUAAUGGGCAGGUCGAGCCUGUUCCGCGUCUCGCUGCUGUACUCGCUCCUCUCCCUGACAUGCUACAACCUCAGCUCGCUGUACAGCGCCAGCGCCAACAGCAUGGUGCAGGCGGACAUGACCGCCGUCGACACGCCCGACUCGCAGUACUGGGCGAAGCAGGCGAGCAACUACCGGGCCAUCGGACGCACGGCGUUCCGGAAGCAGAUGGAGACGAGGUCGUUCGUGGGCGAGUCGUACGAGGAGGCUCUCCUGGCCGCCAUGACGCUGGUGUGCGUGGGCAUCAUCAGCGGCGAGCCGUGGGACUCGCGGCUCUACAUCCUCCAGUGCGAGGCCAUCAUCAAGAAGGCCAAGGCGACGAGAGACCACAGCUCCGGGCGCGUCAAGGAGCUGCACAACAUCCUGACCUUUGUCAAGACCCUGGAACAGUCCACCUUUGUCUACUCGCAGAGCGAGUACAUCGAAGUCCUCGAGCACUACGGCUUCCUCCCCAGCGAGAUCCACCUGGUCAGGCAGGCAACCGUGGAGGAGGACAAGUCCGUGACGUGGGACGCCGGCGCCGUCGAGGACGAGACGCCCGGGUCGCCCAGCUACGGCCCCGCGCUGGCCGAGUACCGGCCCAAGGGUCUGCCCAAGUACCCUCUGGACAUGGUCAAGAUGACCAACGAGCUGAUCGACCGCAUCGCCACCCACACGGCACGCACCGGCUUCUCCCGCUUCGAGCUGCCGCGGGGCCUGGCCGACGAGGCGCAGCAGCUGGAGAACUGCAUCUGCGCGUGGAAGGCCGAGGUGCCGCCCGAGCUGCUGACGGGCUCCGACCUGGCCAUCAAGGAGGGCCUGUCCCCGCUGAGCGUCGAGCUGGACGAGAGCGACGGCGAUAUCCGCAACCUCAGCGCCAUCAUGUCCAGCUACAUGCGCACCGCCAUCUACCACGCCGUCCUGGUCUACUUCUUCCGCGAGGUCCGCGGCACCAACCCCAAGAUCCUCCAGCACGACAUCCUCCAGGUUGUCGUCUCCCUCGAGAACCACGAGGGCCUCAAGAGGACUUGCUACCCCUCCAAGCGCAUCGGCACCAUCGUCUGGCCCAGCUUCGUCGCCGCCUGCGAGGCUCUCGACAGGGACAUACGAAUCCGCGCCAUCCAGUGCAUGAGGUAUGCUGCCGACGCUGGCUUCCGCAACGGCGAACUGGCCGAGUCGGUGGCCCGUGAGGUGUGGAGGCGUAGGGAUAGCGGUGAUCCCGAGGCGUCGUGGCGCGAUGUCGUCCGCCAGCACAAGCUGUUUAUGCUCUUGAGCUAG